UAAAGCAACAGGACACAUAGAGCAGCAGUCGCGUGGAGUCCACAUAGCUCAUACGAAGCAGCUUCUGAUUCUAACUGUAGCACAAUCCUAAAAUUAGACUAAGGCACACGAAUAUAGAUGUUAGAGACUGCUCCUCAUCCUAGAGACAAGAGGAGACGAAAGAGCUUCAAGGAGAAGGUUGUCAACAGUACCAAGCACUCCAAAACAAAAGUUCAAGCAGCGUGAGGAUGAGGUUGGGCCGUUGGGUAUGGGGAUGGGGAAAAUGUUGCGAAGCUUCAGGAGAGCAGGGUCAGGAGGGCAGAGGGGUUGGAAGCCAAUGGCUGGGCGUGUUGGAAGAAAGCUGAUGUGGAGGGAGAGCGACGUCACAGUCUACUGCUUCCUGGAGUAUGACCGCCUGGAUGUCCUUGGUCAACAGAGGCAGAAGUGGCGGUGAAGAAAUGGGGUCAGCGGGGUGUGGGUUACCUGUUAAAAGCAUUAAAUAGUAAAAGAAAAGAGAAAUAAGGUCAAGAGAAGAUUUUGCGUAUCUAUGUGUUUUGUGGUCAGGGAGAUGGGGAAUAUCUGUUUGUCUCCGCUGUGGUAGCUAUGGUAUUAUGUAGAGGUGGUUGGAGAGCGGGUGAGGAUCUCUUCUCUGUAAUGCACGUGAGUGGCCACCAGAUGGUGUCCCAAGUCCUGAUGUAAUAGCCACUGUGUCAAGGACUUAUCUGGCAAAAUGGACCAAACGUUAACUUCUAAAUAUGCGAUGAUUACAUAAAGUAAACAUCACGCAAAAGGCCAAAAAUCAAAGCAAUUAGGUCCCAAGUUAGAAGAGCAUUAUGUGGUAAUUUUCUGCCUUUUACUAAAGGAACCUCACACAGCCUUUCUAUUUAUAGCUGUCUUUAAACCCCAACCCCCGCCCUGCCCCGCCCCCCAGAUUUGCACUUCUGAGGGGACGUCCUGCAGGUUCCCAGCUCAGUCCCAGUUCAGAGUGGCCCUGCUCUCGAUGGGGACUGCCCCGGGCCUAUUUCCAAGCUAUGACAAGAAGGCGACCCACCCCGCUGGGUCCCCAGCCCCUGCUCUGUGAGGGAGUGAACUCCCGCUUUCUGUUUCAUCUCCUUGUCGUGGUGGAAACAGAACUGAAUGCACACUGUAAAGCGACUACUGUGCAGAACAGAGUCAAGUUGCAGAAACAAAAGGAAAACCUUUGGGAUCUCCUACCAGAGACUGGUGAGGGCUGAGCAGGGCCUGCCCAUCAGGAGUCACCGCAGCUCCACCGUCACCGUGCUGCUGCUGAACCCAGUGGAAGUGCAGGCCGAGUUCCUUGCUGUAGCCAAUAAGCUGAGUACGCCCGGACACUCGCCUCACAGUGCCUACACCACCCUGCUCCUGCACGCCUUCCAGGCCACCUUUGGGGCCCACUGUGACGUCCCGGGCCUGCACUGCAGGCUACAGGCCAAGACCCUGGCAGAGCUUGAGGACAUCUUCACGGAGACCGCAGAGGCACAGGAGCUGGCAUCUGGCAUCGGGGAUGCUGCAGAGGCCCGGCGGUGGCUCAGGACCAAGCUGCAGGCGGUGGGAGAAAAAGCUGGCUUCCCUGGGGUGUUAGACACUGCAAAACCAGGGAAGCUCCAUACCAUCCCCAUCCCUGUCGCCCGGUGCUACACCUACAGCUGGAGCCAGGACAGCUUUGACAUCCUGCAGGAAAUCCUGCUCAAGGAACAGGAGCUGCUCCAGCCAGGGAUCCUGGGAGAUGAUGAAGAGGAGGAAGAGGAGGAGGAGGAGGAGGAGGUGGAGGAGGACUUGGAAACUGACGGGCACUGUGCCGAGAGAGAUUCCCUGCUCUCCACCAGCUCUUUGGCGUCCCACGACUCCACCCUGUCCCUUGCAUCCUCCCAGGCCUCGGGGCCGGCCCUCUCGCGCCACCUGCUGACUUCCUUUGUCUCAGGCCUCUCUGAUGGCAUGGACAGCGGCUACGUGGAGGACAGCGAGGAGAGCUCCUCCGAGUGGCCUUGGAGGCGUGGCAGCCAGGAACGCCGAGGCCACCGCAGGCCUGGGCAGAAGUUCAUCAGGAUCUAUAAACUCUUCAAGAGCACCAGCCAGCUGGUACUGCGGAGGGACUCUCGGAGCCUGGAGGGCAGCUCGGACACGGCCCUGCCCCUGAGGCGGGCAGGGAGCCUCUGCAGCCCCCUGGACGAACCAGUAUCACCCCCUUCCCGGGCCCAGCGCUCCCGCUCCCUGCCCCAGCCCAAACUCGGUACCCAGCUGCCCAGCUGGCUUCUGGCCCCUGCUUCACGCCCCCAGCGCCGCCGCCCCUUCCUGAGUGGAGAUGAGGAUCCCAAGGCUUCCACGCUACGUGUUGUGGUCUUUGGCUCCGAUCGGAUUUCAGGGAAGGUGGCUCGGGCGUACAGCAACCUUCGGCGGCUGGAGAAUAAUCGCCCACUCCUCACACGGUUCUUCAAACUUCAGUUCUUCUACGUGCCUGUGAAGCGAAGUCAUGGGACCAGCCCUGGUGCCUGUCCACCCCCUCGGAGCCAGACGCCCUCACCCCCGACAGACUCCCCUAGGCACACCAGCCCUGGAGAGCUGGGCACCGCCCCAUGGGAGGAGAGCACCAAUGACAUCUCCCACUACCUCGGCAUGCUGGACCCCUGGUAUGAGCGCAAUGUACUGGGCCUCAUGCACCUGCCCCCUGAAGUCCUGUGCCAGCAGUCCCUGAAGGCUGAAGCCCAGGCCCUGGAGGGCUCCCCGACCCAGCUGCCCAUCCUGGCUGACAUGCUACUCUACUACUGCCGCUUUGCCGCCAGACCGGUGCUGCUGCAAGUCUAUCAGACCGAGCUGACCUUCAUCACUGGGGAGAAGACGACAGAGAUCUUCAUCCACUCCUUGGAGCUGGGUCACUCCGCUGCCACACGUGCCAUCAAGGCGUCAGGUCCUGGCAGCAAGCGGCUGGGCAUCGAUGGCGACCGGGAGGCUGUUCCUCUAACACUACAGAUUAUUUACAGCAAGGGGGCCAUCAGUGGACGAAGUCGCUGGAGCAACCUGGAGAAGGUCUGUACCUCCGUGAACCUCAACAAGGCCUGCCGGAAGCAGGAGGAGCUGGAUUCCAGCAUGGAGGCCCUGACGCUAAACCUGACAGAAGUGGUGAAAAGGCAGAACUCCAAAUCCAAGAAGGGCUUUAACCAGAUUAGCACAUCGCAGAUCAAAGUGGACAAGGUGCAGAUCAUCGGCUCCAACAGCUGCCCCUUUGCUGUGUGCCUGGACCAGGAUGAGAGAAAGAUCCUGCAGAGUGUAGUCAGAUGUGAGGUCUCACCGUGCUACAAGCCGGAGAAGAGCGACCUCUCCUCGCCACCCCAGACGCCUCCUGACCUGCCGGCCCAGGCCGCACCUGAUCUCUGCUCCCUUCUCUGCCUGCCCAUCAUGACUUUCAGUGGAGCUCUGCCCUAGUGUGGGCCCAGCGCCAGACUGGACAGAAGCCCUGGGGCAACCUCCUCGGCGACCCCUCCAGGACAGUCCCUCUCUGUGGAGAAUUGAAUGGCCCUGUGCAGAGCCAGAGUCCCACUGUGGGUCCUGCAAUGAGCAGGGGCUGGGAGUAGAGGGUUUCUGGGGCCUCAGGGUUCUGGGAAAGCAACAGCUAUCAGAGAGAGAAGGGCCAGACCCCAUAGCCUCUUAGAUUCCUCACAGUAGAAGGAGAAGGAUGGGUAAAUUGACCUCUGAAGUCCCUGACCAUUAGCAUGGUCUAGGAUCCUUUCUAGAAGGAAGAUCUGAGGCUCUGGUGCUCAGGGGGAUGGCUUGGGCCUUUUCUCUCAACCUUGGCUGAGCCUACCCCUUACUUUGCCAAAGACUUGAGGACCCCGUAUGUCUGGAGUUCAGUCCCCUCCUCUGUGGGGCUCAGGUGAUUGAAAUGUGGAUGAAACAUUUCUCUACUUCAAGACCACCUCUCCCUGCAAACACCACACACACAUGCAUGCAUGUACGCACAUGCGCACACACACACGCACACACCUCAAUAAUUUCUCUCAAGUUUCCUGAGUCUCCAGAAAAACAGCACUAACGCUGGACCUGUCUACUCUCAGAACCCGGCACAGAUUCUCUCUUGAUCUCCUUUUGGAAUCUGAGAUUCUUAGAAGACAGGAUAGGCUUAAAUUUCGUAGCAGCUCAGUUCUAGCUAAAUCACUAGAGGAAGUUAAUUAACUUUAAGCCUUCAUUUCCCCAGCACUAAAAUGGAGUGGAGAGUUGGGGUGGAAAUAAGACAUCCUUAAAAGGUUAAAUUGUCUGCAAAGCACCUAGCCCAGUGCCGAGCUCCCAGUAGGUGUUCAGUAAAGCUUAGUGCCUGACUUUCUGAACACCGAUUCCUCCUGUUUGGAGUCACUGGGAUACUCUCAUUGCCGUUGGGAUGUUCCUCACUCCUUCCCAGUUCGUGGCUGAGGCAGAACCCAGACUGAAGAGGGAAGAGACAUUCCAGAGGAGGAUUGCCUUCGUCAGGGUAAGGGGUGGGCUGCUCAGAGGCCCUACCCUUCACCCCCUUCUGUAUCAGAUUGGCCCUCCCACUCCCAUCUCACUCUGUGUGUACAAUCUUCCAUAUCCGCAAGUUCACUGGCACUCUUCUGGCACCUGGGCAAGAUCCCAGAACAAAGGAUGGAGUGACUGGCCUCACAGAGCUUAGUGCCCGACUCAGGGGAAAUGGGACUGGUGCAUGGGAAAUGGUCAGCCUAGGAUAGGACACGAGAGUCUGAAAUUCAAAGCAACCAGCUUGAAGUGGUUUGAGAAGCUGGAAGCAAACAUGGACUAGAGAGAUAGGGCAGAAGUCAAGACGAGGAUCUGGACUGAUAGAUGUGGAGAAAGUAGCCACGGAAGCAUGAACCGUAUCCUGCACAAAGUCCCUCUUCCCCGCCUCCUAAUUCAUUAUGCCCAAAAGGCCUUACGUGAAAUUCCAGCCCAGAGUACUCAUGACUUGAGAGACGUGGACAGAGCCAGCUUCUACCUUGCCUGGCCGUCUCUCCCCUGUCUUAAUGUCUGCUCUUGCUCUAAGCUCCAGAAGAGUGGCGGGCCAUGUAUCUUCAAUACUUUUUUGCUGUAUGGGCAGGUUGUCUUAUUACAUGAUCAACAGAUGUCCAGGAACUAAUGAGUGGAAUUUAAUAUUAUUGUCAAAUAAAACUUGAUUUGUCCUAUA